GAGCUGAACGGAGACGGAGCGAACGCUGUGAAUGAACCGCACACCGACGGAUCUUGACAGCCGCGGCGUCCUCGCUCUCCCAGCCCAGGCAGAGUGCACCGUCCCCGGACUGAACUCUGCGCGGACUCGGCCCCCGGUUCCGGAGCUCUGCAGCAUCUCUCGAGCUUUUCCUCUGACUCUGGAUGGAUUUCUGAUGGUUUUCUAACCCGCUGGAUUAGGAGAUGGAGUGAUUCCCUGCUGGGAACUACAGUGGAAGUAACAGCCCUCCGAACUGCACACACAGACUGGAUUUUCACUCUGAGGUUCCUGUUGGAAGCUUCGACUGCGACUGAGGAGCUUCUCCAUCACUUCUCAUCACUUUUACCCUCAGUGGGAUUUACAUUCAUGGAUCUGAUGAAAGGAUGCUGCAGGGACCCGAUGAGGGACUGAGCCCCACCUGAACCCCUCCUCCCGUCCUCGUCCUCGUCCCGACCCCCUCGCCGCCCUCACUGUCGCCUCCCACCAUGAACCUCUUGUGUCGCGGCCGCCUCAAGCUGCUGGUGGCGUCUCUCACGGCCAUCGUCCUGCUGACCUGGCUCUACCUGCUGGCCGGAAACCUGGAGAACGGGCGCUCCCUCCUGCUGACUCCCUGUCUGGCCGACACGCCGGCCGCCCAGGUCUUAGAGCGAGCCGUCCUGGAGUCUCGGGUCCGAGAGGUGGAGGAGGAGAACCGGCAAAUCCGGCUGCAGCUCAGCCAAUCGCAGGGCACUGCUGCCCAGCCGCCAGAUGGUAACUAUGGCAACCAGCAGUGGGGCGCAUCCGCGGACACGGGACCGGAGGACGGUGACAACACAGCAGAGGAGAAGAACAACCAUACAGAGUGUCCUCGAUCACCCACCGUCCAGAAGUGUGAGCUGAUCCAUGUAGCGUGCGUUUGUGCCGGUCACAACGCCAGCAGAGACGUGGUCACGCUGGUCAAGUCGGUUCUCUUUCACAGGAGAAAUCCGCUCCACUUUCAUUUCAUCACCGACACAGUAGCCAAUCGCAUCCUGAGUUCUCUGUUCCAGUCCUGGAUGGUCCCGUCUGUGCAAGUCAGCUUCUACGAUGCAGAUGAACUCAAGUCUGAAGUGUCGUGGAUACCCAACAAGCACUACUCAGGUAUUUACGGCUUGAUGAAGCUGACGCUAACCAAAGCUUUGCCCUCCGACCUGUCCAAGGUCAUCGUCCUGGACACGGACAUCACCUUCGCCACAGACAUCGCUGAGCUCUGGGGCAUUUUUAGGAAGUUCACUGAUAAGCAGGUGAUCGGUCUGGUGGAGAACCAGAGUGACUGGUAUCUGGGCAACUUGUGGAAGAACCAUAAACCCUGGCCGGCGCUGGGGAGAGGCUUCAAUACAGGCGUCAUUCUUCUCUACCUGGAGCGGCUUCGGCGAAUCGGCUGGGAGCAGAUGUGGCGGCUGACGGCAGAGAGGGAGCUAAUGAGCAUGCUCAGCACGUCGCUCGCUGAUCAGGACAUCUUCAACGCCUUCAUAAAGCAGAACCCGGUCCUGGUUCACCAGCUGCCCUGCUUCUGGAACGUCCAGCUGUCCGAUCACACUCGGUCUGAGCAGUGUUACACCGAGGUGUCCGACCUCAAGGUGAUCCACUGGAAUUCUCCCAAGAAGCUCCGUGUGAAGAACAAACACGUGGAGUUCUUCAGGAACCUCUACCUGACCUUCCUGGAGUACGAUGGAAACCUGCUGAGACGAGAACUGUUCGGCUGCCCGAGUCAGGCCAGUCCAGACAGCGUCCAGCUGCAGUCGGCUCUGGAGGAGCUGGACGAGGACGAUCAGUGUUACGACUUCCGCCGAGAGCGACUGACGGUGCACCGAGUUCACCUCUACUUCCUGCAGUACGAGUACACGCCCACCGAGGACGACACCGACGUCACGCUGGUGGCUCAGCUCUCCAUGGACAGGCUGCAGAUGCUGGAGGCCAUCUGUAAGCACUGGGAAGGCCCCAUCAGCCUGGCGCUCUACAUGUCCGACGCUGAGGCUCAGCAGUUCCUGCGCUACGCUCAGGCCUCCGAGGUCCUCAAGAACCGCAAGAACGUGGGCUAUCACAUCGUCUACAAAGAGGGCCAGUUCUACCCGGUCAACCUGGUGAGGAACGUGGCCCUGAAGAAUGCCAACACGCCCUACGUGUUCCUGACGGAUGUGGACUUCCUGCCGAUGUACGGUCUCUACGAUUACCUCAGAAAGUCCGUGGUGCAGCUGGACAUGGCUCACACCAAGAAGGCUCUGGUGGUUCCAGCUUUCGAGACUCUUCGUUACCGUCUGUCCUUCCCCAAGUCCAAAGCCGAGCUGCUCUCCAUGCUGGACAUGGGGACUCUCUAUACCUUCAGGUACCAUGUGUGGCCAAAGGGUCACGCUCCUACCAACUAUGCCAAAUGGCGGACAGCCACCACACCCUACAAGGUGGAUUGGGAGCCUGACUUUGAGCCGUACGUCGUGGUGAGACGAGACUGUCCGGAGUACGACCAGCGCUUUGUGGGCUUCGGCUGGAACAAGGUGUCGCAUAUCAUGGAGCUGGAUGCACAGGAGUACGACCUGAUGGUCCUCCCCAACGCUUUCAUGAUCCACAUGCCCCACGCUCCGAGCUUCGACAUCUCCAAGUUCCGCUCCAGCUCGAGCUACCGCAACUGUCUGAACACCCUGAAGGACGAGUUCCACCAGGACCUAUCGAGGAAGUACGGCUCGGCGGCUCUGAAGUACCUCACCGCCCAGAGGAACAUCUAAACACCGGAGAGAUCCAGCCAAUCGUCGGCCCCGAGAGCUCGGACAUGUACUGACGCUGCGCUGGGGGCCUCGUCGCCGCCGAGUGCGAACAUGACGGUAAAGCUUUACAGCCCUUUCGAGCACUCUCGGGCUCCUGUGCAUUAAUUCUCCAGUCGACUCCACCUCAAGGUGACCGAGAUGAAAACCCCGAACAUGACUGCGGAUUUUUCUGAAGGCAGGAUUCUGACAGAGCUGAAAGGACGAGCGUGGAUACGGAUGGGAUUAGCUUUAAGGCCGGGAAAUAAUAACCAUAUUCUUACAAUUUGUUCUGACAAUCAGGGCUUUUUCCAGAACUAUGAACCAGUCGGUCUGCAUGGAUUUCCGGACACGACGGGACCCCUUCACUUUGGUGACAAACAUGAGAGAGAAGACUGCAUUUGGGAGGCCAGUCGAACUGGAGAAAGAUUUAAGCCUUAUCACUUUCAUGAUAUUUACUAUGAUAUUUAAUGAUAUUUUCAUUUCCUUCUUUUUUUUCCAGUGUAAAAUCAGAACCAAUGAUAGUGAACAUUUACAACGUUUUGAUUACGGCUUUACAUAAGAAUUUGUUUAUUUUUCCUUUCUAUAUUUUCUGACCUCUUUAAAAGAAAUCCAUAGUGUCCCAGUCAAAUUAUUUCAGAUUUUCUGUGGGCUUCAGGGAUGUGCUUUGUGUGUGUGUGUGAGUGUGUGUGUGUGAUCCAGCUGCGUCAUACGGCACGUCUACAACACGCUUACUGCUUGUCGUCAGUGUCAUGCUCGCUUCUGUCUUGCAUGUAAACAGUUGCACUACAUGUUCUUUUCACGUUACAAAAUCUAAAUUAUUCAUUUCUUCUGCCAUCAGUCAUCCCUCUGAAAGCUGCAAAAAUCUCUAAAUGAUAAUUCGUGUCAUUACCGAUUGGGACCAACUCACGCGACCAACACUGACCCCUGACAGUGAGUUGUUGCUAAAUGAGACAAAGGGCAGGAGCUCGUUUUGAUUUAUCCUUUUUGAGCCAUUACGUCUAUAUUUGUGUCUGAAUCACUGGAUAUAUGUGCCAUCUACUGUACCAUUUUACCCACAAUCCUGUUUUGUUUUGCAAAGUCCAGCUGAAAUUAAAAAAGUCACACUUUCCAGCAGCCAAAUGUCACAUUUUGCUCUUAGUUCUUUGUAAAGUGGAAGAAACGCCACUUCAGCUUCUAAACUCAGAUCUCUAUGAACCUGAGAUCUGGUUAUUAUACUGAGUCCAAUCAAAUGCAGCUCGGGUUCAGCUGUGACUAGGUGGUGCAUCCUAAUUAUCGCAGAACUAUUAGCUUUUCAAGAGUCUAUUCAGACUGGAAUAUCUUACAGUCCUUUUCAGGCGGAGUGUGAUUAUUUUCUUGAUUAGUCAAAGUUUUUGGGUCUGCAAAAUGUAAUAAAGUUAUAAAGGUUGAAAAGUGAUGCCCAAAUAACCCCCAAAAAAUCUUCUUUUGUCCACAGCUCCCCAGACUUUGUGUUCAUUAUAAUUGAGGAGGAAAGAAGUUACUUACAUUUAUGAAUUUGGAAUCAAAGAAUUUAGGCUUUUUUUGUUUUAGAAAAUUCCUCAAACCGUUUAAUCUGUUAUCAGUGCCAGUGCAAGAUGGCACAAUCAUUUCUGUUCUAUAGUCUUCACUCUUGUACAGUGGGAGAAAGUGGUAACGCUUUUAUAUACAGCAAACAUACUGGGCUAUGCAGAGGUAAAGUGUAAAAAUACACAUUUAUUCCCUUUUUAUAGUGAUUAUUUUGGACUAAAAGACAAAACUAGACCUACAGUUUGCAGAGCUGUAUGAUGCAAUGAGAUGCAAAUAUAUUUAAUUUCAGUUGGACUUUAAUAUUCCUAAUUUAAUUGUUGUUGUUUUUUGCUUCGUCUGUCCAACAUCUCCAACCAGUGGAAGAUUACCCUCUAAAUGAACUACUGACAUGCUGCCGUGAUGUGUAGUGCUGCUUAUCGGGGAAAUAAUUCCUACUGAUUUGAGUCUGAUCAUAACUGACCAAAACUUCCUGGCAAACUAUUUGAAACUAGUCUGCCAAGUUUCUCCAUAAUUUGGUGUCAAGGUUGAUAACGAUGUUUCUGGCGUCCUUCCCCGUAGCACAGGACAAGAAAAGAAAAACCCGGGAUGCGACAUUGCAGCUCGUAGCGGCAUCCGGCUUCAGUUUUGUUCCUCUUUCUUGUUUUUCUGUUGAAAAGAUUUGCUGUCUGUUUAUUUUCUUGAUCUCUGCCUGCAUUUGACGGGGGGAAGAAAAAGGCACGCGGAAGAGACGUGAAAGAAGAAUCUAGUGUAAUUUCCACUGAGCGUACGGCAGACACAGGAGUCAGGUACUAAGCGUUGGAUCGUGAGCGGUGGCGUUUGGUGAGGAGUGAGUGUUAUCGGUGCCAUGAAGAGCCCUGCUCCCUCCCCGCUGCCAUCCACGCCGCCUCCAUUGACUUGUUGUUGAUUGUGGUAAAUGCUAGUGCCUUUGCUGUAUUGUGAAACUGGAUAUUGAUUGUACUGUUGUACCGACAGGGCCUGGGGAUAGUCAGGCGCUCUAUUUAUUAUUGUUGACUCAAAUCAAUCAUAUUUUUCUAUGUAAGUGCUUUAAAUAAAUUUGCCCUUUUUUAUGA